UGAUGAGGGGAGGAGGAGGACGACGAGAGGGAGGAGCAGAGGAGGCAGGAGCAGAGGAGGCAGGCACUGAGGCUGAGCACUGGCAGCAGGAAGCAGCAGCAGCGGCAGCAGCAGCGGCGACAGGAGGACAAUGGAGCGCCUCCUCCAGGACGGAUCCUAACGGCACCGGGUGUUUUUAGAUCGCUACAUCAGGGUCGACCGAACAUCUGUGCUGUGAAGACCCUGAACCAAGACCACAGACAGAGGCACGUGGAAGUGAAAGUCAAACAGCUGCAGGAUGCUGACGUCUCCCCCCCCCCUCACCCGCUCCUCACCCGGCUGUAUCUGAUCUACAAACAUGAUGAAGACUCAGCCCCCGUCGGGGGGCGAUGGGGCAUCAGGCGGCAACGGCGGGGGCAGCGGUAGCUCCAGCCUGCGUAGCCCCUCCCCCCACCGGAACGCCUACGAGGCCGGAUUGGCUGCGCUGAAGAAGGCCACCGACCACCUCAACAGCGCCCCCAAUGGAGGCGCCGAAUCUUCCUCGAAGCCCGCUCUGCUGCCACGCCCAAACCUGAGAGGUCGUACAUAUGGAUCCAACGUCCAUCGCAUCAAAAACAUGUUCAUGCAAAUGCAGUCGCCCGGUGACGAGGAGGACGGCGCCAAAAUGAUCGAUAAAGAUCAGGACAUCAAACUGUCCCUGCCGCGGGUGUCCAGCCUUAACGAGAACGUGGACCACAGCGCUCUGCUGAAGCUGGGAGGGACGGUGUCGGACAGGGUCAACAAGUUUGACCCCAAGACAGGUGGGGACGGGGGCUGCUCCUCCACAGGUUUCUCCAAGCUGCAGGAGACCAGAAGGAUCUUUGAGCAGCGCACUCUGCAGGAGAAGCAGGCGGCCACAAACAGGAUCAUGCUGAAGAAGGAGCGGGCCUCAGGCUUCCAGGGCGGCCGCCUUGAUGUUGUCGCCCGCUUUAACGGCUCCACCGAGGCUCUGGAUCGACUGGACGACCCCCCCGCUCCCGCUGCGGCUCCGGGUCUCGCUCACCUUCCCGUAAACGCAGCGUCAGCCGGGCCCGGGGAGGCCGUGAGCCCCACUGUGAGCCAACUCAGUGCUGCGUUUGAGAAAGGUGACGUGCAGAACAAUGUCUACCUCCCCAAGCGUCGGUCAGGUCCUGCCCUGGCGCCGAAGCCCAAACCUCCACCCAGGACUGAGGUGACCAGCAGGAAGGCAUCACCUCCAGGUAAGGAUGAAGCCAAGGUGGAGACAGCGGAGAAGCUACCAGAAGGUCCUGGUUGUCUUCAGAGGAGCACAGAGGAGGAGGUGUCCAGUAAGGAGUCAGACGGUCUGGUAGGAGACCAUCUGUCCAACUCCGUCCACUCCUCUUCGUCCUCACUGACUGAAGCGAAACCAGAGUCGGACGUUCGGCCGAUAGAGACUGAAGCCAGAGGUUCGAACACGGCAGAUGGUCCGGACCAGGAGCCACGGGUUGAGGAGCAGGACGACUCCACGGAGAGGUCCGAGGCUCGGAAAGUUCUGGCGGAAAUACACGUGUCUUUGGAAAAUGGAGAGAAGGAGCAUCCUGGUUCUUCUCCUUCCCCUGAGAAGAAAGAGGAGGACUUCACAGGAAAGGAUGAAGAGGAGGAGGAGGAGGAGGAGGAGGAGAAUGAUGAAGACGAUGGCUCCAGGAAGGAGGACUACUCGGAGGGGGAUGUGGUGGACAUCAGUGCAUACAGUGGACUUGGGGAGGAGGAUUCUGGAGGGAGUGAGAUGGAUGAUGAAGAGGAGGAGGAGGAGGAGGAAGAGGAGGAGGAGGAGUAUCAGCCAGAGACCAGUUGCUCUGAGAUCGCUGGCCUCCCGGAGGAGGAAGAGCCUCCACCGGCCAAUAGGAAGAUCCAAUUCAGCACGCAGCCAAUCAGGGUUUUCACCACCUACUCUAACGAAGACUACGAUCGACGUAAUGACGACGUGGACCCGAUGGCUGCCUCGGCCGAGUACGAGCUGGAGAAGAGGGUGGAGAAGCUGGACCUGUUUCCUGUGGAGCUGGAAAAAGACAGUGAUGGUCUGGGCAUCAGUAUCAUAGGCAUGGGUGCAGGAGCUGACAUGGGUCUGGAGAAGCUUGGCAUCUUUGUGAAGACAGUGACAGAAGGUGGCGCUGCGCAGAGAGACGGCAGGAUCCAGGUGAACGACCUGAUAGUGGAGGUGGACGGAACCAGUCUGGUCGGUGUCACUCAGAGCUUCGCUGCCUCCGUCCUCCGUAACACCACAGGAACAGUCAGGUUUGUGAUUGGUCGGGAGAAGCCUGGGGAGCAGAGUGAAGUGGCUCAGCUGAUUCAACAGACUCUGGAGCAGGAGAGGUGGCAGAGGGAGAUGAUGGAGCAGAGGUACAAACAGUACAUGGACGAUGACGAAGAGACAGGUGAAUACGCCACAGACGAGGACGAGGAGAUGAGUCCCGUGUUUCCAAACUCCAUCGAGGUUUUCGACCUGGCAGAGAACCAGGACAUGUUGUCUCCUGUGGAGCUGGACCCCGAGAAACUGGCCCAUAAAUUUAAGGAGCUCCAGAUCAAACAUGCCGUGACGCAGGCCGAGGUCCAGCUGCUGAAGAGGAAGCUGGCCCACGCGGAGCAGGACAAGUUGCGGUGGCGAAUGGAGCGCGCUCAGUUGGAGCAGAACAUCCGGGACAGUAAGGAGAGGAUGGAGAAACUGGAGGGUUACUGGAUGGAGGCGCAGUCGCUCUGUAAGGCAGUGGAUGAACACCUAAAGGAAACCCAGGCUCAGUACCAAACCCUGGAGAGGAAAUACAGCAAGGCCAAAAGACUGAUUAAAGAAUAUCAGCAGAAGGAGAUAGAGUACCUGAAAAAGGAGACCGCUCAACGUCGAGCGCAGGAAGAAAGUGAAACAACACACAAAGAAGAAGCAGAAAACCUGCAGGACAAGAUUAUAGACCUGGAGACCAAAGUGGACGCCCUGAAAACUCCCAAACCAUCCUAGUGUGCUGCUACACCUCACUUCCUGUCUGCGGCUGGAAGGAGCGCUCCAUCUUUGCCUUCAUCCUGACAGGGUUGUAUUUUCAUUUAGUCCACAGAGAAAUGACAGAUGAAUUAUAUUGACGAGGAGACAAACAUGAAAACGGGGAAGAAGCCACUUUUCAUCCAACACCUGAGCUCCGCUCCUCUCUGUACCAAUAUCUCAACGCAGCGGCCGUUCAAUAACACCCAGAAAUCCUCUUUGGUGUCUUCCUGGCGAUCACCGUGGAUGAUUUGUGCUUCACUUCUCAUCACAACUGGAUUCUAUUCUUAACUAAAACUUAUUUUUUAAAAUAGCUCUUUUAUUGAAAAAGGCUUGUCACAAAGUGCUUUAUGUGGCAGAAUAAAUGCAAGAAAAAAAAAAACAAAAAAACAAAACACAAAAAAACAAGACAAAAACCUAGAAAAACAGGAAGGUGAUUGGUCGUGAUAAAGUAAGUAGGUGGUUCCUGAGCCGUGGUCUGUCAUCGCUGGAACUGGAGUCUGUGGUGAAAAGGACACAGACGCUGAUUGUCUGUCACAUGAUUGCCCCCCCCACACCCCCAUCCCCCACCUGAAAGGAAAAGUGCCCACCUGACUUUUAAAGACUUUUAAAAGAGAAACCUCAGUAGUAUUAACAAACCCUGGUUGAAAAAAAAAAUCAAAAACUUUGAAAAGGAAAUAGCCAACAACCGUGUGUAACUGUAGGAACGACUGACGUCUGCACGGUGACACAAACUGGGAAAUAAACGGCGGCGCCGCUCAGCCUUUGUUUUUUCCUCUUUUUCAGUACAAACUCUCUGCAGGUGGUGGAGUGAAACACGUCCGACAGGAACUCGUGUCAGUUCUGAAUGUGUGGCAUAUUGUUUGUAUAUAUUCGAUACAUGUAUUUAAAGGUGUUUUUUUUAAUGGACCAGGUAAUUAAAUGCAGUGUUUCAGAUAGAGCAGUGAACCAAUGUCCUGCAGGUGGCAGUAGAAGGUUCAGGUGUUCAGGUUCUGUCUCUUUCAUCUGGAGAAGACAGGGUGUGAAUAUUCACAUUGAUACUUUUUUAGAGCUUCAGAUUGUGUAUAUUUCUUCGUGUUUACUGCUGUAAGUUUACACACAGCACGUGACCACAGCCCGUUUCCUUGACUGUCAGGUGCGUUGUUUUUUAGUUUGCGCUGGGAGAAGUCACUUCCUGUUCCUUCACGUGAACAAGCUGAAAAUCCGUGGGUGUUACGUGCACACACUGGACUCCAAGUUAAGACUGUAGUCCAUCCAAAAGUGUUCCGCUAAAUUAUACAUUAAUACAUAAUCUAAAUAUUAGCCAGACCUGAGAACAUCAACCUGAUUUUAUUUGACUUUCACCGUGACUAGAUUAAACUAGACUAGAUGAUGUCAAAACGGAACAUUAUAAAAUAUUGUAUUUAAAUAAAACUACAAAGUCCGACAUUUUCUUAAAUGUAACGUCGCCAUCCCAGUGUAUGCUCUGCUGCAACCUUAACAUUAACAUCAUGACUGACUGAAUGAAUGAGCUCAUAAACCCUUGAUAGAAGUACGUUUUUUUACAACCCAGAUUUGGCCUGUGUUUAUAUAGGGAACCAGUGGAGCCGCCCCAUGGUGGUUCAACGGUACUUCCGUUCUGCAUUGUGAGAAGGUAAUACCAGAUUAUAUGUAUUUUUGUUGUUGUGUACAGUCAGGAACCACAUACAUACAUAUAUAUCUGUUAUUAUUUACUACAAUAUCAUGAUAAAACACUGCACUGGCCUGAUGUUCCUGCCCGACAGUCCAGACGAACGCUGUGCAUGUUCUUUUAGCUAGCUAAACGAACGGUGUGCCGUCUAAACAUUAUUACUAUUAUUAAUUAAUUAAUUGAUUAAAUAAUUAGUAAUAAUUAUCCUAACCUGACUUUAAAUAUUCGACAGACUUGCAUGGUCAUGUUUUGUUCAACGUUACACCGACUGUGAACAUGAGUUUGAAAUCUGUUGACGAUUAGCAUGUUAGCAACUGCACGCUAACGUAUUUCAAGGCAUUGCUAAAAAGAAAAUAGAACGUUUCAAAGAAAUAUUUUAUAUAAAAGUAGUGUUGGGCGUCGUUGACAUUUAAGAAUGCAGUUCUCCUUAA